AUGAAGACCAGCAUCCUGCUUGUGUUCCUCUGGGGGUUAUCCUGUGCUCUUCCAGUAACCAGGUACCAAAAUACUAAAUCCAAAAGCUCUGAAGAAUGGCAGGGUCAGUUGGCUCAGACACCAACACCACCCUCGGAGAGCAGUGAGUCAUCAGAAGAAAGUAAAGACAGCUCAGAGGAACAGGCAAAUGAAGACCCUAGUGAGAGCGCAGAAUCAGAGGAGGGCUUGGGUCCUGAUGAUCGUCAAUAUAUUUAUAGACCAGCUGGUGGCCUCUCUAGGAGUGGAGGAAAAGAAGAAGAUGCUAAAGAUGAUGAUGAAGACGACAGUGGAGAUGACACCUUUGGUGAUGAGGACAACGGCCUAGGCCCUGAAGAGGGACAUGAAGGAGGAAACACCAGACUUGAAAGUGAUGAAGACUCUGCUGACAGCACACAAUCCAGAGAAGAUAGCACCCUACAAGGGGAAGACAGUGCCCAGGAUACCACCAGUGAGAGCAGGGAGCUCAACCAUGAGGGCGAGGUGAACAGCAGGCCUGAGGGAGGUGACUUCACCCAUGAGAGUGAGAGUGAGGAGCGCUGGGUGGGAGGCAGCAGUGAGGAGGAUAGUAGCCAUGGGGAUGGCUCUGAGUUUGAUGAUGAAGGAAUGCAGAACGAUGAUCCAGAUAGCAUCAGCAGUGACAGAAACACCUCUAGAAUGAGCAGUGCCAGCAUCCAAUCAGAAGAAUCCAAAGGGAACAGUGAUGAGCAAGCAAGUACUCAGGAUUCAGAUGGCAGCCAAUCAGUGGAGUAUCCCAGUAGGAAAUUUUUCAGGAAGUCCCGCAUUUCUGAAGAAGAUGACAAGAGUGAGUUUGAAGAUAGCAACAUGAUGGAAGAAUUCAAGAGUGACUCCACAGAAAACAGUAGCUCCAAAGAAGUUGGCCUCAGCCAAUCCAGGGAAAACAGCAAGAGUGAUUCUCAAGAAGAUAGCGAGGAGAAUCAGUCUCAGGAAGACAGUCAAAAUGUACAAGAUCUCAGCAGUGAAUCUAGUCAAGAGGUGGACCUCCCAUCUCAAGAAAACAGUAGUGAAUCUCAGGAAGAGGCAAUGAGUGAGCCCAGGGGUGAUAACCCAGAUCAAAACACCAUCAACCAUUCAGAAGACCCGGAGGACAGUGACUCCAGUGAAGAAGACAAUGUGAGCAAGCCCUCCAAUUCAGAAAGUGAAUCCAGAGAGGAGCAAGCUGACAGUGACUCCAAUGACAGCCUCAAAUCCUCAGAGGAAAGCCCAGAGUCCACUGAGGAUGAGAACAGUUCUAGCCAGGAGAGUCUCCAGUCUCAGAGUGCCUCCACAGACAGCCAGAGUGAUGAAAGCCAGUCUGAGCAGGACAGCCAGUCGGUAGAAAAUGAUGACAGUGAUUCCCAGAACAGCAGCAUGUCAAAAGAAGACAGCAAUUCUACUGAGAGCAAAUCAAGCAGUGAGGAAGAUGGCCUGUCCAAGAACACUAAGAUAGAAAGCAGAAAAUUAACAGUUGAUAUUUAUCACAACAAACCCAUUGGGGAUCAAGAUGACAAUGACUGCCAAGAUGGCUAUUAGCAUCAGCUUUCCUUAGAAGUGGCUCUCACAUAAA